AUGAAAAUUGGAUGUACUACAAAUCCAAUGGCUCCAACAUUCCCUGACGGAACUUUCAACACAAAUGAUGAAUGUGCCAUCGCUCAGCUGCCUCACAUCCGUCUUCCUGUUCUUGGCUUCUUGCAAAGCGAUCACGUGGAGCGUAUUCUGCUGGAUCGCGAGAUAGAACUGACCUAUCUGAACUGCGAAGAUUGUACUCCAGAAGAUGCCGUACCAGCGUUCCUGUCCUAA